UGUCUGUUGGCCAAUCAGGAGUCCACAUCCUGAAGCAGCUCACUGUACCUGUAGUGUGGCUCAGAUACCGGGCAGCCAGUUAGCGAAUAUACUGACAGAAAGCUAAAAACACAACACGUUUUACUUAUAAGGUUACCCAGUUUCCCGUCUUGAACGUCGCCCAGGUAACCAGCUCACACCACAGCAGCAAAGUGUACCAUGGUCGGUGUUAAAGUUAUCGGGAGCAACCCGGACUUCCAACCGGAGCUAGCGGCCGCCGGCUCAAGGCUCGCCGUGGUGAAGUUCACAAUGGCUGGGUGUCGGCCCUGUGUCACAAUAGCUCCAGCUUUCAACAUGUUGAGUAACAAGUACCCACAGGUCGUUUUCCUUGAAGUAGAUGUUCAUGUGUGUCAGGCGACAGCGGCAGCCAACAACAUCUCAGCCACACCAACGUUCUUGUUCUUCAGGAACAGGGUUCGGGUUGAUCAGUAUCAGGGUGCGGACGCUGCUGGUCUGGAGGAGAAGAUCAAACAGCACACAGAGAACGACCCGGGAAACAGCGAGGAUUCCGACAUUCCAAAGGGAUACAUGGACCUUAUGCCUUUUGUCAACAAAGCCGGCUGCGAGUGCCUCAACGAGAGCGACGACUGUGGCUUUGAUAACUGCUUAAUCAAAGACUCCUCCUACCUGGAGUCUGACUGUGAUGAACAGUUGCUGAUUACUAUCGCCUUCAACCAGCCUGUGAAGCUUUUUUCUAUGAAGCUACUGUCCUCAGACUUUGCCCAAGCCCCUAAGGUGGUGAAGGUGUUCAUCAAUCUGCCUCGAUCGAUGGGUUUUGACGAUGCAGAGCGGAGUGAAGCCACUCAGACUCUGGAGCUGUCAGAGGAAGACUACAAAGAUGACGGUUUGAUUCCUCUGCGCUACGUCAAGUUUCAGAACGUACAGAGUGUUACGUUGUUUGUCAAGUCGAACCAGGGGGACGAGGAGACGACAAAAAUCAACUAUCUGACAUUCAUAGGCACCCCAGUACAGGCCACCAACAUGAACGACUUCAAAAGGGUUGUGGGGAAGAAAGGAGAGAGUCACUGAACGGGAGAAUGAAGAGGAGGAAGAGAAGAGGAGGAGGCUCGAGAUACAUCCAAGGACUUUCACUCUGCCAAAGCUGCCACACACUCUCUCACAGACACUCACAGACACACACAAACACACACAGCCUCAAGCUGUCCUCCUCAAGCUCUGAUUGAAUUCUCCAUCUGUGGAGUCUACAAAUCAUUUGUAUUGUAAUUCUGAUGAAAAUCGCUGUAAAUAAAACACAAUCCUUUUUC